GCCCCCCGCGGCUCCCCCUCCGGCUCCUCCUCCGGGGAGACGCCGGGGACCUGGCCCGGCCCGUACUCAGAGCGCCGCUGCAGCCGCCGCCGGGGGAGUCGGAGGCGGUGGCGGCGCCAUGGGCGGCCUGGCCUCGGGGGGGGAUGUGGAGCCGGGACUGCCCGUCGAGGUGCGCGGCUCCAACGGGGCCUUCUACAAGGGCUUUGUGAAGGAUGUCCAUGAAGACUCUGUCACCAUCUUCUUUGAAAACAACUGGCAGAGUGAGAGACAGAUUCCUUUUGGGGAUGUCCGGCUACCACCUCCAGCUGACUAUAACAAGGAGAUCACAGAAGGGGAUGAAGUGGAGGUUUAUUCUCGAGCCAAUGAGCAAGAGCCUUGUGGCUGGUGGCUGGCCCGGGUGCGGAUGAUGAAGGGAGAUUUCUAUGUCAUUGAAUAUGCUGCCUGCGAUGCCACUUACAAUGAGAUUGUCACCCUGGAACGGCUUCGGCCAGUUAAUCCCAAUCCCCUUGCAACCAAAGGCAGCUUCUUCAAGGUUACCAUGGCUGUGCCUGAGGAUCUGAGAGAGGCCUGCUCCAAUGAAAACGUCCAUAAAGAGUUUAAGAAAGCGUUGGGAGCGAACUGCAUCUUUCUCAACAUCACAAAUAGUGAGCUCUUCAUCCUGUCAACCACGGAAGCCCCUGUGAAGCGAGCAUCCCUGCUGGGUGAUAUGCAUUUUCGAAGCCUGCGCACCAAACUGCUGCUCAUGUCACGCAAUGAAGAAGCUACCAAGCACCUCGAGACAAGUAAGCAGCUGGCAGCAGCUUUCCAAGAGGAGUUCACAGUGAGAGAGGACCUGAUGGGACUAGCAAUUGGGACUCAUGGUGCCAACAUCCAGCAGGCCCGAAAAGUACCUGGGGUGACUGCCAUUGAAUUGGGUGAAGAGACCUGCACUUUCCGCAUCUAUGGGGAGACUCCUGAAGCAUGCCGACAGGCCCGGAGCUAUCUUGAGUUUUCUGAGGACUCUGUGCAAGUGCCCAGGAACCUGGUUGGCAAAGUGAUUGGAAAGAACGGGAAAGUGAUCCAGGAGAUUGUGGAUAAAUCUGGUGUUGUGAGGGUUCGAGUUGAAGGUGAUAAUGACAAGAAGAACCCCAGGGAAGAGGGCAUGGUUCCUUUCAUAUUUGUUGGCACCCGAGAAAACAUCAGCAAUGCUCAGGCUCUGCUGGAAUAUCACCUCUCCUACCUGCAGGAGGUGGAGCAGCUCCGCUUGGAGAGGCUGCAGAUUGAUGAGCAGCUUCGGCAGAUUGGGCUGGGCUUUCGGCCUCCUGGAAGUGGGCGGGGCAGCGGCAGCAGUGACAAGGCUGGAUAUACCACCGAUGAGAGCUCCUCCUCCUCCCUUCAUACCACUCGAACCUAUGGGGGCAGCUAUGGGGGCCGGGGCCGGGGCCGGAGGACAGGCGGUCCUGCCUAUGGCCCCAACUCAGACCUAUCCACAGCUUCUGAGACGGAGUCAGAGAAGAGGGAGGAGCCCACCCGAGCUGGGCCUGGCGACCGGGAUCCCCCAACCCGGGGGGAAGAAAGCCGGAGGCGUCCGAUAGGAGGCCGGGGUAGAGGACCCCCACCUGCCCCCCGGCCCACCUCAAGAUACAACUCUUCAUCGAUUAGCUCAGUGCUGAAGGACCCAGACAGUAAUCCCUACAGCCUACUGGACACAUCCGAACCAGAGCCCCCAGUUGAUUCAGAGCCUGGGGAACCCCCCCCAGCAAGUGCCAGACGCCGCCGCUCCCGCCGCCGCCGCACCGAUGAAGAUAGGACUGUCAUGGAUGGAGGCCUAGAAUCUGACGGGCCCAGCAUGACAGAGAAUGGCCUGGAAGAUGAGUCAAGACCCCAGCGUCGUAAUCGAAGCCGCCGUCGCCGUAACCGUGGUAACCGGACUGAUGGUUCUGUCAGUGGAGACCGUCAGCCAGUGACUGUGGCUGACUAUAUCUCCCGAGCAAAGUCUCAGAGCCGCCAGCGGCCACCCCUGGAACGCACUAAACCUUCAGAGGAUUCUCUUUCAGGGCAGAAGGAGUGACCUGCCCUGGCCCUUGUUUCCUGUAUCACCACACCUGGCUUCUCUAGCAUUCCAGAGAUGGUCUACGUCUGGGAAUUUCUGACAUUCCUGAAUUCCCCAGGCCCAGGUACCCUCCUGGUCUAGAGAAAAGCAGCUGGUGCCUUGCUGCUUCUCCCCUCCCCCAGGUUUGCUGGUAGAGGGAGCUAGGCCACUCCUAUACCCUGAGUCACAGCGGGCUAGGUAGGGCUGCUCAGAGCUGGAGCUGUUCCUGCUAAGAGCUGAGAGCCAAGGCAGGCUGCUUAAUCCGAUUACCUGAGGCCUGGGGCUUGGGCUGGGCCUUGGGGAGCGUGGGGAGCAGGGUUCCCUCAAGACAGCCCCUGGAACGUAGGUGUUGAGCCCUCAUUCUUGCUGGUACUCUGCUCUGGAUCCAGGCUUCCUCUUCAGCAUCCUUAUCACUAAUAUCUCAGCCUUGGUUCUUCUGGGCUUCCUCACGCCCUGCCUCCCAACUCUGAGGUUUAGAGAUAAAACAUGUGGAGAAACCUAGGUUUGGGGGCUAUAGUGGUGAGGUUUUAAAUUUUCUCACCUGCUGGGAUGACUCAGGGAACAAAAAUGGCCUGCCUGCCUGCCUCCUGACUGCCUGACUUUUCUGCCCCUGGGCUGGUCAGGGGUGUGAGGAGUUGUAGGCACCAGAAAAAGGUUUGGGUUAGUGGGUUGGGUGUUCCCACCUUCCCAGCACAACUCUGACCCUGAGGGCUCUUGAUCCCCCUCUACUUGAUCCCAUUGUGCAAAGAUAUUGACUUUAAAUUGCUGUGCUUAAGAAGGGAGGGGUAGAUGUUCAGG